AUGCCGCAGUUCCACCGUCCUACAAAGGAAGAACUACUGGCUGCGGCCACAGGAUUCUGGUCUCGCCUCAAGGUGCAUUUUAAAUGGUUCACAAUCAAGAGUACGAGGCCGUUCAAUCUAGAUGAGAUUGUUGGAUUCAUCUCGUGGAUCGCGUUAGGUCAUGUCAUCUGGAUUGUUGUCGGUACGACGACAUUUGUCUCGUUGGCCAUUCUAGCCAUCAACACUGUCUUUGCACAAGAAACUCUUGCUGGCUGGAUUGGGAAUUAUUUGACAAAGUCGUCUGGCCUCCAGGUCGUUUUCGAGUCUGCCAUUGUCCCUAAGUGGGGUGAUGGGGUCAUCACAUUCAAGAACGUCUUUGUCUCCAGGAGACCCGGCCGAGUCCGAUCCCGAGUUACCAAAGGAUCCCCCGAAGCAGCUGCCCAAGCAUCCUCAGCAGAAGAUCCCGUGCCUCCAGAAGAGCAGAACUAUACACAGUUCGACAUCACGAUUGGGGAAGUCAACGUCACCCUCUCAUUUAGCAAAUGGUGGAACUCCAAGGGCCUCUUACAAAAUGUGGAAGUUAAACACGUGAGAGGGGUUGUCGAUCGAACUCAUGUUUUUGCAACAGGCGAAGAGAUUGAUCCAAAGUCGCUGAGACAUGAACACAACCCUGGAGAUUUCGAGAUCGAAUCCUUCAAAAUUGAAGAUCUUCUGCUCACAAUCCUCCAGCCUGAGGGAUUCCGGCCAUUCCCUGUCAGUAUCUACAACGCCGACUUGCCUAGGCUGCGGAAGCAGUGGUUGUUCUAUGAUUUCCUCUGUGCGAACAACAUCACGGGCGAGUUCGACAAAUCCCUCUUCACUAUUCAUCCUCGACAGACGCACUCGUACACUGGUACAGUACUUUACGAUCCCGAAGAUCCGUCCAACGAACCUUGGAAGAAACAAUCGCGCAUUCGCAUUGAUGGCAUAAACAUCGACCACAUCAACCGUGGGGUGGUCGGUCCCUUAUCUUGGAUUCAUGAAGGCAACGUUGAUAUUGUGGCGGACAUUAUGAUUCCCAACGACAGCGAGGAAUCUGUUAUAAAGGUCGUGACUGAUUUCUAUGAACGAAUGGAAGCUACACUGACCUCGAGGAAACAUCUUGAGCAACAGCGAUACGGCGAGAGUUCCCAACAAGACGAGCCCGUUGCCUCUGGUGGAGUUGUGUUGUCGAACCCCAACUCUCAACCGGUGAGAGAAGAGGAUAAGCGAUUCAUAGUCAUGGAUCUCCGCAUUCACUUGAACGACGUUCGCGCCGUCGUCCCCAUCUUCACCCGCGACCUAUCAUAUAUCAACAACGCACUGAUCCGUCCCAUUGUCGCCUACAUCAAUUCCCGGCGGACAUUCAUUCCAAUCAACUGUCGGGUUGUCAAACGACUCUCAGACUUUGAUGGCAGUUGGACUGUUUUUGAUUCCGGAUUGAUGGAUGACUUGUCAGCCGAAGUGUACGACGCAUUCGCAAGAGAUGUGACAGAUGAGCAGGCACGGUUGAGACGGUUUAAGAAAGUGGGAUUAUGGAGUUUGCAGCUUGCAGUGCAGGCCAUAUUCCUGGUAAGUCCAGUCUGCCUGCUUGUCGCCACUUGA